UCAUUAUCACCUAAAAAAAGAAACCUUUUUUUUUAAAUUGGGUUAUGUCAAUUUUCUCCUUCCCAUUCAUCCCAUAUCCUUCUCCUCUUCCUCUAUCCAUCUAAAAGGAGGGAUUGAAAAGAAAGAAAAAAAAAAACCCAGAAUCAGAUUAAGAGGGAUUCUCUAAACUUUCCAGCUUUUUUGUGUUUCUCUUCCUGCAAUCAUUGAUUUUCUUAUAAUCUGAAGCCCCCUUUUACCGAUCUCUGUUUCUGUUUUUCUAGAAGCUGCAUUUCGCUUGUUCCUAUAGUUGAUUCUAGUUUUGGCUGUCUGGAAGGAUUUCUAAGGGAACGGUUUGAAGAUCUGAUUGUAGUAUGGGUUAUAUGUGUGAUUUCUGUGGGCAACAAAGGUCGUUUGUUUACUGUCGAUCCGAUGCUGCAGCUUUGUGCUUAUCUUGUGACCGUAAUGUUCAUUCUGCUAACGCCUUGUCGAGGCGACACUCAAGAACGUUGUUAUGUGAUCGCUGUCAUUCCCAAGCAGCAUUUGUUAGAUGUCCUGAAGAGAAUAUUUCACUUUGUCAAAACUGUGAUUACAUGGGGCAUAGCUCAUCCGCCUCCAUUUCAUCUCGAAAGAGGCAACCAAUCAAUUGUUACUCGGACUGCCCGACAGCUGCGGAGCUCUCAUCUAUCUGGUCAUUUGUUCUGGAUCUCCCUUCUGGAAGCGAUGCUUGCGAGCAAGAAUUAGGAUUGAUGAGCAUUGCCGAAAAUAGUGCAGUAAACGCCUGGGGCCCUGAUGAUAAAGCUGGUCAAAAUGUAUCUGGUGUCGAUGAAACCAACGAAUUCCCAAGUGGGGAUAAAUCGAUUUGGUUCGCGUCCUCUUCGGCGCCUCAAUAUUUAUCCAAGCCUCACAUUAUGGACCAACCAAUUACUACAGGUGCAACUUCACCCAAGUUGCACUAUCCUGGAACAAAAGGUCCUGAAUUCGACAUUGACGAUGACUUCUACGAGAGUUUGAAUAUGGAUGAAGAUUUGAAUAUUGAAAAUUAUGAAGAACUAUUUGGUGUAUCCCUCAGUUAUUCUGAAGAAUUGUUAGAGAAUGGUGGUAUUGAUAGCUUGUUUAGGAUCAAAAGCUUAGCUGCUGCUAAAUCUGGUUGCGCUGGUGCGACUGAUGCAAAGGGGCCGUCAGGUUUAGCUAAUAAUAUGAUGCAGCCUGCAAGCAGUAAUGCAGCAUCAGCAGACUCUGUGAUGAGUGCGAAGACUGACCCGAUUCUUUGUUAUAACAAUAAGCAAGAGCAUUCCAGUCGAUCGUUUUCUGGCAUGACUGGAGAGAGUAGCGCAGGCGAACAUCAAGACUGUGGAGCUUCAUCAAUGCUUCUGAUGGGAGAGCCUCCAUGGUGUUCUAUGGCUACAGAGAGUUCCUUCCAAUCAUCUAAUCGUAGCGAUGCUGUAAUGCGCUACAAGGAAAAGAAGAAAGCUCGAAAGUUUGAAAAGAAGGUGAGGUAUGCCUCUCGCAAAGUGCGGGCCGAUACUCGAAGACGGGUCAAGGGGCGCUUUGUUAAAGCUGGAGAAGCUUAUGACUAUGAUCCGAUGAGUCAAACCAGAAGCUACUGAAAGAACAUCAACUUUCGGAGAUCACACGAAAAAAAAAAAAAGAUUUAUGGCUGAAGGGUCCGACAUUGUACUCUAAUCAAUGGAUAAAUAUCUCGAUAUCCCGGAGUCUGACAGGAAGUAUAAUUGUAUACAAAGGAACCUGAGUUUUCAUCAGGUAUAUGUACAAAAAGCCAGGUCUAAUAGCUCUAUCGAUACAACUCGAAGGGCAAAAAUUCUGUAUCCAUACCACGUAAAACGAACAAAGGAUUGCGAAAAUUGGCCUCCAAGACGAUGUACAUUUCCGGGCUGUAAGAAACGGGCAUAGUUUUCUUGGUUAACAAUCCAGCUUCAGCUCCUUUGAUAUGUACUUAAAAUUUGAAAAAAGACUAUACUGAUCAUUGGCUGGCAAGGGCUGUGUUCACAACAUGGAAGGCACGUCUUCCUCCUUGCUUUUGGUUCUUUGACAAACAUGGCUGCACCAAAUUCACAGUUUCCAGGUAAUCUUGAUUCCCUUUUUAACUGACUUGUAAAUUUGAUCAUCUGUUCAUUUGAUGAGGUUGAAAUAUGCAGCCAGAACGAUUAUAUUUGGGACAAUAUUGAACUGUUGUAACUUCAAAUUUCGUUACCCGAACACGACGAUGAAUGUAUAUGUUGCAAAGAUUGGUACUACUAGUGUAUUUAACCAAUUUUGUAGUCCCAUUACUUCA